GGCGUGGAGCAGCGCCACUUGCAAUUGUUGCGACACCAUCGCCACACCUCUCCGCUUCGCACGCGAUUGCUCCCCCGCCUCCCUGCCCGUCGCCGUUGCCGCCGCCUUCUCUCCGGCUCAGGGGGUGGGGGAGAGCCUUAGAUGGCGGCGAACGCGGCGAAGAAGAGGAGGCCGGAGGAAGAGGUGGAGGAGGAGAUGCACCUGGCGUUCCGGGGCGCCGCGAACGCGCUGUCCCAGGUGUACACGCAUGCCGUGGCGCACCAGAAGGCGUCCUUCCUCGCGGGCGAGCGCCGGGCCAUGGAAAAUGUCUAUCGAUGGUUGUCCAGUCAGCAUGAAGAAGCUUCAGAGGUGCCUGUUGCUGCUGUACUUACAUACUUGCAGAAUGAGAUUGAGCACCGCACAGAGGAAACCCUUGCAUCUCCACAACAUCCAGGCCCACAGCCAGCAUGUAACUUUCCUGCUGCAAAUGAUCACUGCAAUCCCUUCUCAUUUGGAAACAUAGCUGCUGCACUUGACUCUCGGAUGGAUGAAACUGACCAGACAAGAAAUGCUGGCAUCUCAAAUGCUCUUCCCUGCCCUUUACAGCAAAAUUUCCACUCGAAUCAUUUGAGUCAGUCUUCAGGGUAUUGUCCCAUGAACUCAUUGCCCAAUGGAAAUGGGCCACAGAACAACCAUUUAUCCGAAAAUCAGGACUUCGUGCAUUACAAUUCGAUUGAUGCCGCCGUGGAUAUGCAUUAUGAUGGUCAAUGGAGGUGAGAACCAUAUGAAGAUUUGAUAGUUGUUUAUAUCGGUCCAUUCAAGUCUUCAAGGUCUGAUCUUCAUUGGCUGGAGCCUUCAAAAUCUUAUAUUUAUUGGCUGAGGGAGCCCCAUCGGUUUGUGAUGAUUUGGUUGUCAUCUAUGACUCGGUUGCCACCAGUGAUGCGUCUUCGUGCAAAGCUCCUGAAAACAGAAUUACAAAAUUGUAGGCAUUAUCAACCCUUUCUGACAGAAUGUACAUGACAAAAAUCCUCUUUUGAGGACAAAUAUGUUGACUGCCAGAUUGGAAGCAGCAUACUGGUUCGUUACUGCCGCCUUCGGUGUAAGACGGUUCUUUUUGUACCAAGUGCAAAAGCUCUAACAAGGAGAGGUGCAAAGUCAUGUUUUGGUUAUGAGUAGUUUAGGUGAUGGUUUGUUGUUUACGAAUUUACUUGCAGCAUCCUGUGUAAACUGCAUUUGUGCAGGAGCAUUGUUUCAUCAAAAAAAAAUUCUACUUUAUGAAUGUGACCCUAAAGUCGUCUACCCUUUUUUUCAAA